AACACCAAUCACUCAUUUUUCAGUAUGGACCCUCAGGAUUCUCAGUCUUCUGACCCUGCUGCUCAUCCUCCAGUGAACAUGAAUAUUAGCCUUCUCUAUGCUGGACAACUUUAUGCCCAAACAAUUCCAACUGCUGCAACAGUUGGUGAAGUAAAGUUACUAUUACAUGAAAGGUUUGAUAUCCCAUUGGAGAGGGUGGAGCUGCACCUUAAUCGUCUUCCGCUAUCAGAUCCGCUACCAGAUGCAAUGAAUAUGCUAGAUGUAUAUCCUCAUCUGAAUGGAAAGAAUGAGCUCUGCUUGUAUAAGAAAAUUCGUGUUUGGAUUAAGACGAGCUCUGAUGAACAAUAUAGCUUAUUUGUGAAUGAGAAACAUAACGUGGGCCGCUUGAAGAUGAUGCUUAAUGCAAAAUAUGGGUUGGAUACCAUGAACAAGCAGCUCCAAUUUCCAGAAAAUCGUGUUCUUGACAAUGGUGCUCUUCUUUGGAUUUACGGAAUUCGUGAAGAGAAUCAGCUAUAUCUAAAAUGAGUUCCAUUGGGGGUUAACUACAAUGUUAUAAUUAAUAAUAUAAAUGCAUGCGCCAAAUGCUUAAUUAUUAUAGGAAAUUAUAUUUAUUAUAUCUAGAGUUAAAUAAAUAAAAUUGUAUCCGUGCUUAAUGAUUGUAAUAAGGACUUGUUUUUAAGUUUACAAGGCUGGGAAAUUUAGUAGAAUGUACCAAAGCAAUCCAAUGAAUCUUCCAUGAAUUUUACUUGGCAGCAUAUGA